ACCGCGCGAUCUCGGUCGGACGGCACGGAACACGUUCGCGAGACGAGAACGACGCUGCAGCGGCAGCCAGGCCCUGAAGUUGCUGCGCGCGGCACGAGGAGGCCAAUGGACGCCGGCUCUCUGGGCAGCUGCAGCAGCGGAGGCGGCACGCCGUCGCCGCCGACGCUCACGUUCGGCUCGCCGGUGGGCGCCGCGCACUCGCCGUCGGCCCGCGGCGGCUCCAGCCCCAAGUCGGGCCUCGGCUCACUGACACCGACGCGCUCGACGCCCGAGAGUCCGCUGGGCGCAGCCCUGCCACCGCCCCCGCCGCCACCCAAGCAGACCGGCUACGGCGUGUUGCAUGCGCUCAACGGUGGCCGCGCACUGUACGGCGGCAUGCGGCCACCGCCGUCGCCGCCGGGCAUACCGUCGGACGCGUCGGCCACCGACUGUCGCCUGAUCGACUACCGCGGCGCCAAGGUGGCCGCGUUCUUGGUGAGCGGCGAGUACCUGCUGUGCCUGCCGCAGGCGUUCGAGCUGUUCCUCAAGCACCUCGUGGGCGGACUACACACGGUGUACACCAAGCUCAAGCGGCUCGACAUCACGCCCAUCGUGUGCAACGUGGAACAAGUGCGAAUCCUGCGCGGACUGGGCGCCAUACAGCCCGGCGUGAACCGGUGCAAGCUGCUGUCGUGCAAGGACUUCGACGCCCUCUACAAGGACUGCACCACUGCCAGAUCUGCGAGUCGACUGUGGAACGCUGCCUCCCUCAUGGGUGCUGGCUCUAGUCCUGCAAAUGCCAGCUAUCCGUUCCUGUCGCAAGAGAAGAGGUACCCUGGAGAGGAUGCAUCCAUCCAGUCUCGGUCUAGAAACCAAGCCCGGCCGCCCAAGCGUUCCUCGAUGAUGUCGAUGAGUCCGAGCAAUGGGAGUCCGCUUGGCAUGAUGAGCAAGAAGGGCCGCAUGGACGACUACCCGGGAUACGAGAACGGACACUUGGCAGCCGAGCAAGCGGAUAAGCCUCACCACGGUGGCGGUGGGGGCGCCCUGUUGCCAAACGGGUUCAGCCCUCAGCAGGCGGCGGCAGCCGCGGCCGCGGCGCACCUGAACGCCACGCUGCCCUUCCUCGCCCUGGGCUCGCACCCGCACCCGGGCGGGCUGCUGAGCGCCGCCAUGGGGAUCCCGCUGCCCGGCGCCACGCCGCACCACCCACUGGGGGGCGCGGCGCCCUCGCGCACCGACCACCACCUCGCCAAGGCCGCGCCGCCUCAGCUGGACCCGCAAGCCGCCCUCAGGUUGCGAGACGACGGCGGCAGCGUUAGGGACCGGAACUUUUCGUCCUACGAUGGAAGCCGGCUCAAGGAUUCGGUCGCUUUUGUCAAUGGCGGCCUUCCGGUGUCGGAGUCCAACGGACACGGGCCUCCGGUGCUGAACCUGUCGCAACAUGGCCAUCGCAACAGCGCGGCGCGGGACUACCACGACGGCGCGGCCGCCGACGCCGAAGACGACACCGAGGACGACACGGACGACAGGGACCCCGAGCUUAGCGGCGCUGAAGGUAGCAGCAGCCCCGAGCCCCACGGCGGCGGUGGAGGCCAAGGAGGGCCCAGCAUGGAAGAGCGCUACGCCAUGGACGCGGCACUUGGACUUGGCGCCGUGUCUUCGAUCGAGACCCUCCUGCGUAACAUACAGGGCCUGCUCAAGGUGGCCGCGGACAACGCCAGGCACCAGGACAGGCAGAUCAGCAUCGAGAAAGCCGAGCUCAAGAUGGAAGUGCUGCGAGAACGAGGUCUCCGGGAGAGUCUCGAGAAGCAGCUGACCGAGGAGCAGAGGACGAGAGCCCUUGAUGAGUGA